AUGACAUGCUGCUCUGGGCCUUUUGUACUGCUGACAGUCCUGCGGCGAUGGAGUGGCCGGCCCCUGGACACUAUCCCUGAGGACCGGAAGGUGCAGCGGACGCAGAGCGGCUUCGACCCCUUCGAGAAGCCGGCUGGUCAGGUGAAGCGCGUGCAUUCAGAGAACAACGCCUGCAUCAACGCCAAGAGCUCGUCCUCCGGCAAAGAGUCGCCCAAACUCCGCCGUCACUCCAGCCCCAGCUCCCCCACGAGCCCAAAGUUCGGAAAGGCAGAUUCGUACGAGAAGCUGGAGAAGCUCGGCGAGGGAUCCUACGCCACCGUCUACAAAGGGAAGAGCAAGGUGAACGGGAAGCUGGUUGCGUUGAAAGUGAUUCGUCUGCAGGAGGAGGAGGGAACACCGUUCACUGCGAUCAGAGAGGCGUCUCUGCUGAAAGGCCUGAAACACACCAACAUCGUGCUGCUCCACGACAUCAUUCACACCAAGGAAACCCUGAUGCUGGUCUUCGAGUAUGUGCACACAGAUCUGUGUCAGUACAUGGACAAACAUCCCGGCGGCCUCCAUCCGGACAACAUCAGGCUGUUCCUGUUCCAGUUACUGAGGGGUUUGUCUUACAUCCAUCAGCGCUACAUCCUUCACCGAGACCUGAAACCACAGAACCUGCUCAUCAGCGACACCGGAGAACUCAAACUGGCCGACUUCGGUCUGGCCCGUGCGAAGUCGGUCCCCAGCCACACGUACUCUAAUGAGGUGGUGACGCUCUGGUAUCGCCCUCCAGACGUGCUGCUGGGAUCCACAGACUACUCCACCUGUCUGGACAUGUGGGGUGUCGGAUGCAUCUUCGUGGAAAUGAUCCAGGGAGUGGCGGCAUUCCCGGGCAUGAAGGACAUUCAGGAUCAGCUGGAGAGGAUAUUUCUGGUUUUGGGGACGCCGUCGGAGGAGACGUGGCCAGGUGUUCACUCACUCCCGCAUUUCAAACCAGAGGAGACAACACACAGACACAAAGCGGUCUCGAAGACAAAGAAACCUGAAGAUCGAUUCACUGUCUACAGUCCCAAGAAACUCAGACAAGCCUGGAAUAACGUUCCCACCGUUAAGUUACAGCCUGAGUCUGGCGACAGCAUCCAGGUGUGCAGUAAGAGCAACAGUCACGGCAAAGCGAUGUCAAACAGCAAACACUGA